GGGAGACACAUUUUCAGAACCACCGUGUAGAACCUCUGACCGUGAACUCCUCAAAGAAAAGAAGAAACGUUCAUUUUCUUUCACUAAAGGAUUGAUAUUUUGCUAGACUUAAACAGCACACGUUACCAGUGUCUUUCAUGCUUUUCUAGCAGUGCCUCUUGGACCCAUGAGCUUGUUUUUUAGUCACCAGUAUGUUUGCGGCGGCGACUAAGAACUUUGUGAAACAGGUGGGCGAUACGGGUCGGCUGAUCCCGGUACCAAGCCUCAGUGAGGCUGAUCGCUACCAACCCCUCAGCCUGGUCACCAGGAAGAGAAAGAGACACUUCUGGAAGAAGACCAAGUAUGCCUCGACCCCCUUCUCCCUGAAAGACAUCCUGGUGGGGGAGAAGGAGAUCACAGCAGGCGUGUCGUCGUACCAGCUCCUCAACUACGAGGACAAGUCCGACGUGUCACUGAACGGACGCUUAGGGAACCACCUGAUGAACGACGUGGGGUUCAACAUCAGUGGCUCAGACUCCGUGGCCGUCAAAGCUUCCUUUGGGAUUGUCACCAAACACGAGGUGGAGGUUCCGACUCUGCUAAAGGAACUAAACUCCAGGAAAGUGGAUCUGGACCACUGUUUGAUCCGUCAGUCAAAAGAAAGUGGGCGGAGUGUUCUCUGCGUUGUCAUGGAGAGCAUCCGCACGACGCGCCAGUGUUCUCUAACUGUCCACGCCGGCAUGAGAGGGACGACUAUGAGGUUUCAGAUCGACGAUGGUCGAAACCCCAGAGGUCGGGACAAGGCCAUAGUGAUCCCAGCUCACACCACCAUUGCAUUCAGCAUAUUUGAACUGUAUUUUCGACUGGAUGGACGGCUAGACGACAGGACGUUCGAGGAGCUCACCCACGCCCAGUCAGACACCUACAUGGACGACGCGGUGACGGACUACUACGAGAAGUCGGCCAGCAUGACAGACGUCUCCAGCGCCUACCUGAGAGGGGACUCCCACACCCGCGUCAAUCUCCUCAACCACAACAUCCCCAAGGGCCCCUGUGCCCUGUGCGGCAGGGGCCCGGCCCCCCGGGAGACCGUCUACGGCUGUCUGGAAUGCACCAGCACCAGGCAUAAAUACGUCAGGCUCCACGUCGUGCCCUGCUUCGACCUGUGGCACAAGACGCUGAGGUGA